AUGUCUAACCCCCUGACCUUUGUAGUUGUCGACUCGGACAGGUCCGAGUCCGAGUCUGAUGGCGGCAUGCAACUUGACGCCGAUCUCGACAAUGUCGACGGGGACCCAAUGGAGUCCUCGGACGGCGACAGUCUCGAGGGCGAAAGCAUCCCCGUGCCUCGGUGGGCUCCCCUUCGGGACCGGAUUCCGACCCCCCACGCGCAAAAUCCACACGACAGCGUCUUCGCCCGCCCCCAACAAGACGAGCUAACCGCAUGGGAAGAAGCAGCCCGCGCGCGCGCCACUUUCUCCGAUGAGAAAUUUGGCGCCCUGUCCGUUCUCAAAAGUAGCGAGUUACUUAUGACCUAUGCACUCGCUAACAAGGAGACAAUCCCCCAAACCCGCCGCCGAUUCAUGGCAAAGUACCUCGAACCCGACUACCCAGAAAAAGCAGAAGAACUGUACUCGCCGCGCAUUUAUAUUGCGCCAGAUGGGAAGGGUGGCGAGGGGUCACUGAUUUCCGGACGGGUGAAGGAGUAUAUUGGGGAUGUUGAGGAACAUGGGUGGAGGAAGCCGGGCCAUUUGAGGGCUGCGGAGGCGAGGAGAGUGCGUGGCUUACCGGUUGAGAAAUCUGGGUCUGUGUCUGGGUCUGCUUCUGGGUCGAGGUCUGGAUCUAGGGUUGCUUCGCCUGGUCGGCGGUCGUCUGGACGGGGUGUGGGCUUGGAGAGGAGGGGUGAGAGGAGUGUUUCGGGGUCGCCUUUUGGGGUUGGAGUUGAUGAGGAUGAGGAUUUGUGA